AAAUCAAGAACUGGAUGCUCAACCGACUGAGCCCCCCCAGUGCCCCAAAUGUCAUAACUGUUUUAAAGAAGACGCUAUAGUCAAAGCAGAGAUGAGGUGUUCUAGUAACAGAAGCCCGAGUGAAGGGUCGGCUUUGGAGAGUCUGCGAUUGUCUGUGUGGGAAAUGGCUUUCCCUUUGUUGAGAGCAUGGGUGGCAUUAAUAGGGACCUUUUUCUUUGAUACCGAAUUAAAUGUUUGCCUUGUAUGAGAUGCUAGCCCAGCCACCCUUUGCACCAAGGCUAAAGGAGGGCACAGUCGUCCCACCCGUUUCACGCGAGGGGCAUGGUACUCAGCGGGGAAGGCGGCAGCCUCUCACCCUGGCGCCUGUGCCCGGGCCUGCACCAUCCACCAGGCCUUCCCGUCUCAUCUUUAGACUGGAAGAGAACGACAGUGACAUCUCAUUUCAGACCCUUAAUUUGCAAGGAGCAGUAAUUGUGUUUAGAUCGGGACACAGUUCCCUCUGCUGUCGCGGGAAACGGGAACUGAUUCUUCCAUGUUUUUAAAGGUCUGGUGAGACACCCCCCCGCCCCCCGCAACCCAGGGGUCACAGUUCACAUGGUGGAUAAGUGCCUCCCGCGAUAAGACUGACUUCCUUUCAGAAUCACGGCCUCAGCAGCUCUGGCUCUUCGUGCUUCCUCUCCGAAGAGAAAGGGCUAGAACCAAGCCUCGAACGGAUGAGACCCCUAACGAGCAGACCUUUCCUUGCAAACCGUGCUUCCGCCCAGCCGCUGAGGCCCAGCAGCCCCCCGCUGGUAUGAGGGCACCGGAGCUGCGAUCCUCCGUCCCAGAGCCGCUCAACCAGUGACCGGCGCGCCCCGCCAGCCCCGAGCCCCUCCGCGGCCGCUCCUCGUGCUGUCGAAGUGGGCGCCCGCGAUGGAGGGGCUGCUGCACUACAUCAACCCGGCCCACGCCAUCUCCCUGCUGAGCGCCCUCAACGAGGAGCGCCUCAAGGGACAGCUGUGCGACGUGCUCCUGAUCGUGGGCGACCAGAAGUUCCGAGCGCACAAAAACGUCCUGGCCGCCAGCAGCGAGUACUUCCAGACCUUAUUCACCAGCAAGGACAACGAGUCCCAGACCGUCUUCCAGCUGGACUUCUGCGAGCCGGACGCUUUCGAUAACGUCCUGAACUACAUUUACUCCUCGUCCCUGUUCGUCGAGAAGAGCAGUCUGGCGGCCGUGCAGGAGCUCGGCUACAGCCUCGGCAUUUCCUUCCUGACCAACAUCGUCUCCAGGACCCCCCAGGCCCCCUUUCCGACGUGUCCCAACAGGAGGAAAGUAUCCAUCGAGGACGAUGAAAGCAGUUCUCAGAAGAGAAGCGUCAUCGUCUGCCAGAGUAGAAACGAAGCCCAGGGAAGAACCGGGAGUCAGAACCAGCCCGACCUAAGCCACCCGGCCCGGCCCUCCCCGAGCACCGCCGUCAAGACCGGCCCCGGUAAGCCCCACGUCCCCAAACCGGCCGAGCCGCUGCCCGGCUCGCCGCUGGCCGAGAAGGGCUGGCCGAGAGACGGCUCUGUGGGCUUCGCGAAGGUGGCGGAGCGCGCGGGGCCUCUGGAGGACCCCGGCAGAGGCGGGCUGGGGACGCGGAGCGCGCCGCUGUCUUCCAGGCCCCCGCAGGACAGGGAGGCCGCGGACGAUAAACUUCCCAAAGGCAAAGCCAUCGAGCUGGCUCUGAAGAGACCGCGGCCGCCGGUGUUGUCCCUCGGAAGCACGUCGGAGACCCCCUACGUGCUGAAGGAGACGCACAAAGGAGGGGGUCAGGGCGAGGACAGGAACCUGCUGUACUACUCCAAGCUGGGGCUGGUGGUCCCGUCCGGCGGCGCGGCGCCCGGGAAGCCCGGCAUCGACAGGAGCGGCCCGCUCGUCAAGAGUCUGCUCAGACGCUCGUUGUCCAUGGACAGCCAGGUGCCCGUCUACUCGCCCGCCAUAGAGCUCAAGUCUUCCCAGCGGCCCUCUUCUGGGGCAGGCGAGGUGCCGGGGAGCGUGUUCUGUGCCCUGUCUCAGAAGUCAUCUCUGAAGGAGUGCGGGGAGAAGGCGGCCGUCGACGAGCGGAGCCCCGCGCCCCAGCCGCACCGCCUCAGGUCGUUCAGCGCCUCGCAGUCCACGGACAGGGAGGGCGAGCUGGCCGUGACCGAGGUCCGCAUCAAGACGGAGCCCCGCAGUCCGCUGUCCGACCCCUCCGACAUCAUCCGCGUCACCGUGGGAGACCCGGCCGCCGCCGCCGCCAGGGACCUCUCCCUGAAAACCGAAGAUGACCAGAAGGACAUGAGCAGGCUCCCGGCAAAAAGAAGGUUCCAGGCGGACCGGAGGCUGCCGCUGAAGAAGGUGAAGGAGGACGAGCACGGGUCUCCGGUGUCCGAAGACAACUUCGAGGAGGGCUCCAGCCCUCCCCUCCCCGAUGCAGAGUUUCCAGAUUCUGACUUGAACAAAGAUGAAUUUGGUGAGUUGGAGGGAACAAGACCCAACAAAAAAUUUAAGUGCAAACACUGCCUUAAGAUCUUUAGAUCGACGGCGGGUCUUCACCGGCACGUUAACAUGUACCAUAACCCAGAGAAGCCCUACGCUUGCGACAUCUGUCACAAGCGGUUUCACACCAACUUCAAAGUGUGGACGCACUGUCAGACCCAGCACGGCAUAGUGAAGAACCCGUCACCGGCCUCUAGUUCACAUGCCGUUUUGGAUGAGAAAUUCCAAAGGAAGCUGAUUGACAUAGUGCGCGAGAGAGAGAUUAAGAAGGCCCUGAUCAUUAAGCUGAGGCGCGGCAAGCCUGGCUUUCAGGGCCAGAGUAGCUCCCAGGCCCAGGCCAUCAAGAGGAACCUGCGGUCGCGAGCCAAAGGAGCGUACGUCUGUUCGUACUGCGGAAAAGCCUAUCGCUUCCUCUCGCAGUUCAAGCAGCACAUAAAAAUGCACCCGGGAGAGAAGCCCGUUGGCGUCAGUAGGGCCACCAAGCCCAGAGAGCACGUCUCUCUUGAGAGGCCGGUAGAGAACAAGGAGGUUUACCAGUGCCGCCUCUGUAAUGCUAAGCUCUCUUCUCUUCUAGAGCAAGGAAACCACGAGCGGUUGUGCAGGAACGCCACCGUUUGCCCCUACUGCAGCCUUAGGUUUUUCUCGCCCGAGCUGAAGCAGGAGCACGAGGGGAGGUGUGAGUACAAGAAGCUGACGUGCCUCGAGUGCAUGCGCACCUUCAAGUCCUCCUUCAGCAUCUGGCGGCACCAGGUCGAGGUCCAUAACCAGAACACCAUGGCGCCGGCCGAGAACUUCUCCUUGCCUGUCCUGGAGCACAACGGGGAUGCGACGGCCGCCGCCAGGCCCCCGGCGCAGCCCGAGCCCCACAGGGCCAACCACGCGGUCACUGCCAAAGACGACAACACCUUCAGCGACUGCUCAGAGCAGGUGAACUUCGACUCGGAGGACUCCUCCUGUCUGCCCGAAGACCUCAGCCUCUCCAGGCAGCUCAAGAUCCACGUCAAGGAGGAGCCCACCGAGGAGGCCGAGGAGGAGGCGCCCGAGGCCCGCGCCGCCCCCAAGGAUGCCGGCUCCAGCAAGGACGCCAGCCUGUGGCCCUGCGAGAAGUGCGGCAAGACGUUCACGGCGCACAAGCAGCUGGAGCGGCACCAGGAGCUGCUAUGCUCCGUGAAGCCCUUCAUCUGCCACGUGUGCAACAAAGCCUUCCGCACCAACUUCCGGCUCUGGAGCCACUUCCAGUCGCACAUGUCUCAGGCCACGGAGGACUCGGCGCAUAAGGACUCGGAGGCCUGCCCCUUGCCCACAAACUCUCCGUCCCCGCCCCCGCUGCCCCCGCCGCCGCCGCUGCCCAAGAUCCAGCCCCUGGAGCCCGACAGCCCCACGGGUGUGGCCGAAAACCCCGCGCCCGCCGCAGAGAAGCUGUUCGUGCCCCAGGAGUCCGACACGCUCUUCUACCACGCACCCCCCCUUUCUGCGAUCACCUUUAAGAGACAGUUCAUGUGUAAACUGUGCCACAGGACAUUCAAGACGGCUUUCAGCCUCUGGAGUCACGAACAAAGCCACAACUGAAAGGCCGGCCCUCCUCACCUGUCGCGGAAGGGGCGGUGGUCUCCAGAGUGCGACCUUAAUUGGGAAACAUGCAUCAGAAGCGAGAUAUUUUUCAAAAGAGAAUAAUAAAGCUUGGAAAUUGUUACGCUUGAAUAGAAGUGGGGAGGGAAAUUGGUACUAAUUAGUGAUGAUGUCCUCACUCAGCCUAGGAAGACUAAAGUCUGUCGUGCGUCGGACCUUUCCGUCCCGGGAUGAUUGGACUUCAUUCCUGUUGCAGUUUGACUGAUCUCACCUGUCUGCAUGGUUCCUCGUUCCACGGCGUCAGUGUAAUCUUCCCCCGGAGGUGGUCUUGGUUUUUACUGAUUCUCAGUGAAAUGCGGUUCAAGUAUUUCUUUCGAUGCUGUCAGACGCCUAAGUUCUUAUUCAAUCUCGGCCACGUUCCGACGGCCACGGCGGGUCAGGAGCAAGUGAGUGUAGUUGGCGGUCUCGAGUUAGAUCUUAGGGUACUUUAGCAAUAAAACAAUGAUAAGCCUCAACUUUAUUAAUAAGUUAUCCUGACACUUGAUAACAAUAAAUAUUUGGUAUUUUGUGGUCCUGUAAAAAAAUUUUUUGUAUGAAAACGGUGAGAAAUUUAAAUUAGCAAUAGUAAUAUUUAGAUUUUUAUAAAGUAACAAAAGCUUGCUCUUGGGUCAUUUACGAUAACUCACGAUGGAAGAUUUGGGAAAUGAAAACGUGAGGGUUUCUGGAAGGCCUUCAAGCCCGUUUACAAAAGCUUCCGUGGCGACAGGCGUGGUCAUCGCGACCACUGUGCCAUGGGUGUGGGCCUCCGGUCUCAGCUCUGACUGGUGCUGGAAGGGCUGGGCGGGUUCGGUCACCUCCAGUUCAUGCUGUCACCAGUGGGGACAUCUGAGUGCGUCAGGAACAGACAACAAAGGUAGCGUGAGGCACGCACUCCUUUUGAGUUGAACUGUGUUAGAGGAACAGUGAAGGUUGGGACAUACGCUUAGGUCCCUCGGUCCCACGCCCCCAGUCAGGACAUCUGCUUGAGUCCCAAGUCAGCACGGAAUCCCCAAGAUGGGCCCCGGGGGAAAACGCCACGCAGGGUCUCCACGCACUCUCAAGACCACUGUUCGUAGUGUUCCAUUUCCUGCCUCCGUUCUGUUAGGAUUUGCUGGAGUUCGUUGUGGUGAGAUGUCCUUAGCGCGGCCAUCCUGCUCCAAGUCCCUGCUUCAGCGUUUCGUAAAUCUGUGUCAAAGCACUAUCGAGGGUCCAAAAUGAGUUUUGCUACCUGUUUCGGCCCAUAGGGUGUGGGCUGUCUUUUUUUUUUUUCUAGUUUGUAUAAGUUGUAAUUAAAAGGUGCUUGUAGGCGUUACCCAGAGCUCAGCGGGUAUUUCUAAAGGGAAGACUCUGUUUCACUCGUACAGGCGAGGGGUUAGGUAUGAACAAGGGGAGAUACUGUUGAAGCUGCAAAAUCUUUCCAAGGCAGUACUACGGAUGAAGGCUCCCAAGUUUAUUAAGUU